GCACACGCGUUCCCCGACAAACAAGUGCUUCAUUCUUAAGGCCUACACUGUCCUCCCGUGCUAAGACGCGUGGAAGUGGCGAAGAUAGCCUCUAGAAGCGCCAUUUAUCAUGGAGUUUCUCACCGCGGGGGGGAAUUCCUCCACCGCACAAGCCGUUGCAGUCAUCACAUAUGUACAGGACCUUAAGCGAAAAAUGAAGGCAUGGGCGCCUCAAAUAGAGGUGUGCGCUGCAGGAGAGAAAGUACUUGAACGCAUGCGCUUCCAGUUUCCAGAGGAUUGGCUGUAUAGCGACCAAUUGAACGGCGAAUGGGGUGCUUUGCAGGAGAUCUUGAAGCGGAAGAAUGACGCGAUUCAGGAGCAGCUUGCAGGAUUACAACUCAAAAUUCAGGCAGAGGAUAAGAUAGUUGAGAACAGGAUAGCCGAGGCGACUGACGAGUGGAUGCAAGUUCGUCCCGUCCAAGGAACCAUAAGUGCGGACACGGCAAUGGGCACCAUCACCACUUUCGAAACCAAAUUGAAUAAGGUUCAGGAGGAGUACGAUCUCGUAUGUCGUGCGAAGGAAGCUCUGGAUCUAGAACUUGUCCGUCACACACGGCUGGAGCCAGUUUUUGAAGAGCUACGAGAUUUGAAGGAAGUCUGGACCGCACUUAGCGGAAUCUGGAUUCAAAUUGCUGGACUCAAGGACGUGGCUUGGGCCACAGUCCAAUCUCGAAAGCUUCGACAACAACUUGAUGGUUUGCUCGCCUCGACAAAGCAAAUGCCCAAUCGAAUGCGUCAAUAUGCGCCCUUUGAACAUGUCCAAGAGGUUCUUAAGGCGUUUCAGAAGUCAAACACGUUGGUUUCGGAAUUGAAGUCUGAUGCGCUUAAAGAACGUCAUUGGAGACAGCUAUUCAAGAUCCUUCGUGUGCCGAGGAACGUGAAUCCACUCCAGAUGACACUGGGUCAUGUAUAUGAUCUUGACCUUAAGAAGAAUGAACAGAUUGUCAAGGAUGUUAUCAUACAAGCGCAAGGAGAGAUGGCCUUAGAGGAGUUCAUUAAGCAGGUGCGCGAGACUUGGACCAGCUAUACUCUGGACUUGGUGAACUACCAGAAUAAAUGUCGACUAAUUAGGGGCUGGGACGAGUUGUUUACCAAGUGCUCCGAGAACCUGAAUUCAUUGGUUGCGAUGAAAGUUUCCCCUUAUUAUAAAGUCUUUGCGGAGGACGCUGGUUCAUGGGAGGAUCGCCUGAACCGGACACAUGUUCUUUUUGAUGUGUGGAUUGACGUCCAACGUCAAUGGGUCUAUUUGGAAGGCAUUUUUUCGGGGAGCGCUGAUAUUAAGCACUUGUUGCCCGUGGAAUCGAACCGCUUCCAAAAUAUCAACAACGAGUUCAUGGCGGUUAUGAAGAAAGUCUACAAAUCUCCUUUCGUGUUGGAUGUCUUAGGAAUCCAAGGGAUUCAGAAGAGUCUGGAACGGCUGGCCGAGUCGCUCACCAAGAUUCAGAAAGCUCUUGGCGAAUAUCUAGAGCGCGAGCGUGCUUCGUUCCCUCGUUUUUACUUCGUUGGAGACGAGGAUCUGCUAGAGAUUAUCGGCAAUAGUAAAGAUAUACUGCGAAUCAUGAAGCAUCUCAAGAAGAUGUUUGCGGGUGUCGCCACUAUCAUCCUCGAUGAUGAUGUGACUCAAAUAGAGGGGAUGGCGUCCAGAGAAGGCGAAAUUGUUCAGUUCCGGAACAACAUCCUUCUCAAAGAUUACCCAAAAAUUAACGAGUGGCUUGGCAAGAUAGAGUCCGAAAUGCGGUUUUCGCUCGCGUCAUUGUUAUACGACGCAGUGACCGAGUUGCAGCAGUUCUAUGGCAGUGUAGAAACCCUGGACAAAUCCGCAUUCAUUCCAUGGAUAGAGAAGUAUCCAGCUCAGCUCGUUUCACUCGCGGUACAAGUUGCAUGGACAAAUGCCGUAGAGUCAUCAUUCACCGAUUCCCAGCCUCCAGAGCUACCUCUCGCUGUAGUCCUUCACGGUUUGGAUAUCCUCGCUGACAUUGUUCUCACUGAGCUUGGAACAACAACGCGUCGCAAAUGCGAACACUUAAUCACGGAACUCGUGCAUCAGCGCGAUGUGACUCGGAGUUUGGUGCAACGUCGUGUCACCGACGCGAAAUCAUUUGAUUGGUUGUACCACAUGCGCUACUAUCUUGAUAUCAACACCGCGACUAUUUCUCCAAUGGACAGGCUAAAGAUUCAAAUGGCUGAUGCGGAAUUCCCUUACGGUUGGGAAUACCUCGGGGUCCCUGACAAAUUGGUGCAGACGCCUUUGACAGAUCGCACUCAACUUGGCGGAGCACCAUUUGGACCAGCAGGAACAGGCAAGACGGAAUCCGUAAAGGCGCUCGGCGUUCAGCUUGGGCGAUUCGUCCUGGUAUUUUGUUGCGAUGAAACCUUUGAUUUCCAGGCUAUGGGUCGUAUAUUUAUUGGGUUAUGUCAAGUCGGCGCGUGGGGUUGCUUCGACGAGUUUAACCGCCUAGAAGAACGAAUCUUGAGUGCCGUAUCGCAACAAGUGCAAACUAUCCAGCAAGGACUGGCUUCAUUGGCAAGAAAUCCGAACACCGAAAUUGAAAUCGUUGGGAAAAGUUUGAAAUUGGACAAGAACAUGGGCAUAUUUAUUACAACCAAUCCUAACUAUGCUGGACGGUCCCAGUUGCCUCCUAAUCUCACUAAAUUAUUCCGACCGAUGGCUAUGACUCGACCUGAUCGUGAGCUGAUCGCUCAGGUUCUCCUGUUCUCUCAGGGAUUUCGAACGGCCGAAACAUUGGCAUCGAAGAUUGUCCCAUUCUUCAACCUGUGUUCGGAACAAUUGUCUCCCCAGCCCCACUACGAUUUUGGUCUUCGUGCUUUAAAGGCUGUCCUUGCCAGUGCCGGUAUCCUCAAUCGUGAUAAGAUGCAAUUUGCACGAGACAAUCAAGAAAAUCUUAUCUCAGAUGGUGCCACCGAGCAAGUUAUAUUGAUUCAAAGUGUCACAGAAACCAUCGUUCCAAAACUCGUAGCCGAUGAUGUGCCUCUGCUCACCAGCUUGUUAGCUGAUGUCUUUCCAGGAAUUGAUUAUGUCCCACUUGAUUUGGAUGUCCUCCGUAAACACAUAGUUGACGUCUGUGCGGAGCGCAACUUUGUGGUCGGGGACCUCUGGAUCGCGAAGAUUUUGCAGUUGUUUCAAAUUCAGAAGAUUCAGCAUGGUCUUAUGAUGGUGGGACCGUCUGGCACGGGCAAAAGCAGUGCUUGGCAAGUCCUUUUAGCUGCGUUGGAGCGUCUUGACGGAACCGAAGGUGUUUCGUAUGUGAUUGAUCCGAAGGCAAUACACAAAGAAGCACUUUACGGUACCCUCGACCCUACUACGCGCGAAUGGAAUGAUGGUCUCUUCACCCACAUCCUUCGGAAGAUUGUUGAUGAUGUACGUGGAGAGAGUGCCAAGAGGCAUUGGAUUAUUUUCGAUGGGGAUGUAGAUCCGGAAUGGGUUGAGAAUCUGAACAGUGUGUUGGACGACAACAAGUUACUGACACUUCCCAAUGGAGAGCGACUCAAUCUGCCUCCGAAUGUGCGCAUCAUGUUCGAAGUUGAGCAUCUCCGGUUUGCUACUCCUGCUACCGUUUCACGAUGCGGCAUGAUAUGGUUUAGCGAGGACAUCAUCUCGCCCGAUAUGAUAUGCCGCCAUUAUCUUAGUACUUUGUCCUCCGUGCCCAUUGACGAUGAUGACGAAGCUUCUGACACCACAAACCGAGCCAAUUCGGGUCCUGCAGAUUCUUCGCCCCUCUUACGCACUCAACGCAUCAUCGGCACAAUUCUUGAGCCGUUCUUUGCAUCAGACGGAGUCGUCGGCUCCGCGCUUGCAUUCUCUUCAUCAAUUGAACACAUCAUGGAUUUCACUCCCACACGCGUACUUAACACCCUUUUCUCCCUUAUCAACAAAACCAUCCGUAAUGUUAUGGAGUAUAACAACAGCCACGCAGACUUUCCUCUGAGCCUCGAAGCCAUCGACCAGUAUGUCAGCAAGAGGAUGUUAGUCAGUAUCAUUUGGGCGUUCGCUGGUGACGCAAGAUUAGAGUUGAGGGCCGAGCUGGGAGAAUUCUUGAGAACGCAGACUGCCGUAGAGUUACCACCAAAGCAGUCGGGCGGGUCCCUGUUGGACUACGACGUUCUGGUUUCAUCAAGUGAAUGGAUCCCUUGGCAAGCCAAAGUACCGACUAUCGAGAUCGACCCCCAUUCUGUUACUCAAGCGGAUGUGGUUGUUCCCACCAUUGAUACUGUCCGGCACGAAGAAGUGCUCUACUCCUGGCUCUCAGAGCAUAAGCCAUUAAUGCUUUGUGGCCCGCCUGGUUCGGGUAAAACUAUGACGCUCUUCAGUGCACUCCGUAAACUCCCAGACAUGGAAGUUGUCGGAUUGAACUUUUCAAGUGCUACCACUCCAGAGCUCAUAUUGAAGACAUUCGAGCAGCAUUGUGAGUUCAGGCGGACACCCAAUGGUGUGGUCCUGGCACCUCAACAAAUCGGUCGAUGGCUUGUUGUGUUUUGUGAUGAAAUUAACCUUCCUGCACUGGACAAGUACGGGACCCAGCGUGUCAUAUCCUUCCUCCGUCAGCUUGUUGAAAGUGGUGGUUACUACCGGACUUCUGAUAUGACCUGGGUCAAGUUGGAACGCAUACAAUUUGUUGGGGCGUGCAAUCCGCCCACAGAUCCUGGUCGUAUUCCCCUUUCACAUCGGUUCCUUCGACAUGCUCCUUUGAUUAUGGUGGAUUAUCCUGGCGAAAUUUCGCUCCAGCAAAUCUAUGGCACAUAUAAUCGUGCCGUUCUCAGAGUCGUUCCAAACCUUAAGGCAUAUGCAAAUCCGCUCACGGAAGCGAUGGUCUCAUUUUACUUGGCUUCGCAGAAACGUUUCACGACUGACAUCCAAGCUCAUUAUGUGUACAGUCCACGAGAACUCACGCGCUGGGUCCGUGGCAUAUAUGAAGCCAUCAAGCCACUCGAGUCUCUCACCCUGGAUGGUCUCGUGAGAGUUUGGGGACACGAAGCGCUCCGGUUGUUCCAAGAUCGUCUCGUCACUGGAGAGGAGAAGCGCUGGACUGAUCAAAACAUCGAUGCAUGUGCUAUGCAGCACUUCCCAACAUUGAACACGGAUGAAGCGCUCUCGAGACCAAUACUCUUUUCAAAUUGGACCUCUCGUAAUUAUAUACCUGUGGACAGAGAACAACUUCGGGAGUACACCAAAGCCCGUCUAAAGAUCUUCCAUGAGGAAGAGUUGGACGUUCCGCUGGUUCUCUUCGAUGAUGUUCUGGAUCACGUCCUACGUAUAGACCGAGUAUUCCGACAAAUCCAGGGCCAUCUGCUUUUGAUUGGCGUUAGUGGAAGUGGGAAGACUACGCUCUCCCGUUUUGUGGCCUGGAUGAAUGGACUUAGCGUUUUCCAGAUAAAGGUGUCCAACAAGUAUACCGGGGAUGACUUCGAUGAAGAUUUAAGGACGGUGCUUCGUCGUGCUGGGUGCAAAGGAGAGAAGAUAUGCUUUAUCAUGGACGAGUCCAACGUUCUGGACUCAGGAUUCCUAGAGAGGAUGAAUACACUUCUGGCUAAUGCCGAAGUCCCUGGAUUGUUUGAAGGCGAUGACUAUGCUUCGCUGAUGACAGCCUGCAAAGAGGGAUCUCAACGGGAUGGCCUCAUGUUGGAUUCUCCUGAGGAACUCUACAAGUGGUUCACUCAACAAGUUGCUCGUAACCUCCAUGUCGUCUUUACCAUGAAUCCGCCGGAGAACGGACUGGCGUCUCGUGCAGCGACUUCACCAGCCCUUUUCAAUCGCUGCGUUCUGGAUUGGUUCGGUGAUUGGCCUGAUCAGGCCUUUUACCAAGUUGGGAUAGAAUUUACUCAAACACUAGACCUUGAAUUGCCAACAUAUAAACCUCCAUCUGCAUUCCCCAUUGCUUAUCGAGGCUCCGUCAUCAACGCCUUCGUGCAUAUCCACCUUUCAUUGCAUGAUUUUAAUUCGCGGCUGAGUCGUCGGCAAGGUCGUUACAACUACGUCACUCCUCGCCAUUAUCUCGAUUUCAUCCAACAUUACGUAAAACUCUUCAACGAGAAGCGCGAUGAGUUGGAGGAACAGCAACGUCAUCUUCACGUUGGUCUUGAUAAGCUCCGUGAUACAGUAACUCAGGUCGAGGAACUGCGUCAGAGUCUAGCCAUUAAGAGGACUCAAUUAGAGGCAAAAAAUGCCGAGGCCAACGAGAAGUUGAAAGGGAUUGUGGCUGAGGAACAGGAAGCGAAAGCAAAGAAAGCUGCAUCUAUCGAAAUCCAAAACGCGCUGGUCGAACAAGACAAGGCUAUUGCGCAACGUAAGGCUGAGGUGAUGGAAGAACUUGCUGAGGCGGAGCCGGCGGUAGUUGAAGCCAAAAGCGCGGUAUCAGGCAUCAAGAAGUCUCAGCUGAGCGAAGUUCGUUCCAUGACAAAUCCUCCGGAGCCUGUUAAGCUAGCCAUGGAAUCGGUGUGCUCUAUCAUUGGCUAUCGGAUUGACAACUGGCGAACGGUCCAGGGUAUUCUUCGGCGCGAGGAUUUCAAGGACAGUAUCAUCAAUUUUGACACGGUGCGCCAGAUGACUCCUGCCAUCCGGGAGUUGAUGAAGAAGGAUUAUCUAAGCCGUCCCGCGUUCAACUUCGGUGUCGUUGAUCGUGCCAGCAAAGCAUGUGGGCCCCUAGUCAAAUGGGUUAUUGCCCAAGUUCGAUACUCGGAGAUAUUGGACAAAAUCGAACCUUUACGAAAUGAAGUCCAAGACCUGGAGGCGCAAGCGGAAAACACAAAGAAGCAGGCUGCCACAAUUAUAACCAUGAUUCGAGACCUCGAAGUUAGCAUUGCUCAGUACAAGGACGAGUACGCUUUGCUGAUCCGAGAAACUCAAGAUAUCAAAGCCGAGAUGGAGCGCGUCGAAUCCAAAGUAGAGAGGAGUAUGACGCUGCUGAACAGUUUAUCGUCUGAGCGAGCUCGUUGGGAGGCGAGUAGCCGCACGUUCGAGACAGAGAUGAGCACCAUUGUCGGCGAUGUCUUGCUCUCUGCGGCUUUCUUGGCCUAUGGCGGCUUUUUCGACCAGCAUUACAGGGAGUUGAUGCUUCAAGAAUGGUCCACACAUCUGGUCGAUGCUGGAAUCAAAUUCAAGGCUGAACUCUCCUUGCCUGAAUACCUCUCGACAGCGGACGACCGGUUAAGUUGGCAGUCGAAGUCACUUCCGGUUGACAAUCUAUACACAGAAAACGCCAUCAUGCUCAAAAAGUUCAAUCGGUAUCCACUCAUCAUCGAUCCAACCGGUCAGGCGACAACUUUCCUUCUCAACGAAUACAAGGACCGUAAGAUUACUGUGACAAGUUUCCUCGAUGAAGCAUUCCUCAAAGUUCUCGAGAGUGCUCUUCGAUUUGGAAACCCCAUUUUGAUCCAAGAUGUGGAGCGGCUUGAUCCCAUCUUGAACGCUGUCCUCAAUAAGGAAUUGCGUCGUACAGGCGGACGUGUGCUGAUUCGUUUGGGAAGCCAAGACAUCGACUUUUCACCUGCGUUUACAAUGUUCCUCUCAACGCGCGAUCCAUCCGUGGAGUUCUCUCCGGACAUUUGCAGCCGGGUCACUUUCGUCAACUUCACCAUGACUCGCAGCAGUCUGCAGAGUCAGUCCUUGGACCAGGUUCUCAAAGUGGAAAGACCGGAUACCGACAAGAAGCGGGCUGACUUGAUUAAGAUACAAGGCGAAUUCCGACUUCGACUCCGCCAUUUGGAGAAGUCUUUGCUUCAGGCGCUCAAUGAGUCAACUGGCAACAUUUUGGAUGAUGAGAAGGUCAUUGGUACACUGGAAACUCUAAAAAGAGAGGCCGCAGAAAUUACACAAAAGGUCGAAGAGACCGACACUAUCAUGCAAGAGGUCGACCGCGUCACCACGGAAUAUCUACCACUGGCACAGGCUUGCAGCUCGGUAUUCUUUGUGCUCGAACAACUGAAUGUUAUCAAUCACUUCUAUCAGUUCUCUCUCCGCUUUUUCUUGGAUAUCUUCGAGCAUGUCCUCCACCAUAACCCCCAUUUGGCGAACGUCAAGGAUUAUCAACAGCGACUUAAUAUCCUCACGGCGGAUUUGUUCAUUACUGUUUAUCAACGCACCUCCCGGUCCUUACUCCACCGUGACCGUGUCAUGCUUGCAAUCUCUUUGGCUCAAAUCAAAUUGAGGGGAGCUGAUGAUGGGACCAUUGCAGAUGACAUUGAGUUUCUCCUCGAGAGUGGCGUAUCAACAACAGCGUCCGGGGCUGUAGAUUUCAGCGGACCGGGAGCAGCGUUCCUCCAAGCGGAUCAACAAGAGCGUCUCGAGCAGUAUUCAAAGAACCCUGUUUUCGCUGAUGUGAAAAGGCAUAUCAUGGAGAACGAGGCCGUGUGGUCUGGCUUCAUACGUCAAAAAGAGCCCGAGCGCAACAUCCCUUGGAUUUGGGAAGAUAGAGAGACCCCGAUUCUUCGAGCUCUCAGGACUGUUUUGCUUAUUAAGUGUUUCCGGCCAGACCGAUUACUCCAAGCGACGGCUGCGUUUGCUUCAGCCGUUUUUGAAUCAGAUAUGACUGCUGAAGCUGAAUACGACCUAAGCAAAGUUGUCGCUAAUGAAGUUCAUCCAUCCACUCCUCUAUGCCUAGUUUCCGUGACCGGAUACGAUGCUAGUUAUCGCGUGGAGAAUCUGAUCAAAGCUGUCGGGGCGAGGUGUGCGCAAGUUGCUCUCGGCUCCGAGGAAGGGUUUUCCCAAGCCGACAGCGCCAUUGCUCUUGCCGCACGACAGGGCUCAUGGGUCCUUCUAAAGAAUGCCCACCUUGCCCCUUCGUGGCUCAGCUCAUUGGAGAAACGUCUGCAAAGCCUUAAUUCCAACCGCUCCUUCCGCCUAUUCAUCACCAUGGAAGCUAAUGCCGUUAUUCCAGUAAACAUCCUACGACAAUCCCGCGUCUUCAUGAACGAGCCUCCACCUGGCGUCAAGGCAAAUCUUCUCGACUCUCUGCGAAGCAUAUCUGCCACACGUUUUGCUCGGGGACCAGCGGAGAAGAUCCGCCUUUAUUUCAUCCUAGCAUGGUUUCACGCCGUAGUUCAAGAGCGGUUACGCUAUGUGCCUCUCGGAUGGAGCAAGACAUACGAUUUCAAUGAUUCCGAUUUAGCCGCCGCCUUCGGGACCAUUGAUGCCUGGUUGCAAAGCGUAGCCAAAGGUCGUGCGAAUAUCGAUCCGGCUGUGAUUCCGUGGGACGCCGUGCGGACCCUCGUUAAACAGUCUGUGUAUGGAGGGCGUGUGGAUAGCGAUUUCGACCAACGGAUUCUGGACUCAUUCGCGAAUGAACUAUUCACGCCUCAUGCUUACAGCAUUGGAUUCGACCUGGUCCCGCGUUUUCAAGGAGACGAAAGUCUGGUAACCAUCCCCGAAGGGACGAAGAUAGAUGAUUUCCUGCAAUGGGUCCAUCGACUUCCCGAUCGUGAACCCCCUUCGUGGUUAAGCCUCCCGCCCGGCGCGGAGAGUGUAAUUGCUAUAUCACAAGGCAACACAUUGCUUGGAAAGAUGAGAAAAAUGAGGACACUCACCGAUGACGAAGAUGAUGCAACCUCUUCGGGGUUGUCCAACAAAGCCGCGCCUAAUCAACAGCCUGCCUGGAUGAAAGCACUACUUCAAAACUGCAUGGAAUGGCUUACUGUAUUACCUGAGACCCCGAGUCUUCUCAGCACUCGCUCCACGGAAAAUCGAGAUCCUCUGUACCGCCUCUUCGCGAGAGAGACUUCUGUUGGUCGCAAACUCUUGUCCUCAGUACGCAAAGACCUUGGUGAUGUCAUCCGAGUCUGCGAGGGCUCGCUGAAACAGACGAACCAUCUGCGAAAUUUAAUGAGCCAGCUUACUAAGGGCACGACCCCUACUCACUGGCUCAAGUACAAAGUUCCUCGAAGUAUGGGCGUAUCACAAUGGAUACCGAACUUUGCAACCAGGCUUGCUCAACUAGAACGUAUCUCACGACUUGAAUCUUAUGGCGGUGUCGAAGUUUGGCUUGGUGGAUUAUUCUUCCCCGAGGCCUACGUGACCGCAACUAGACAGGCCGUGGCUCAGCGUCAUGGCUGGUCUCUGGAAACUCUUUCAUUGCAAAUAGACCUUCAUGCUUCCGGAGACCCUUCCGCUUUUGUGGUAGAAGGUCUUGUCCUUGAUGGCGCGUCUUGGGACGAUGGGACCUUGUCACUGAACAGUGGGGAGUCAGUCCGCAUCCCGAAAUCACAGGUCCGUGAGAGAAGUGACGUGCUCUUUACGGUGAACCUGCCUUUCGAGAAGGGGGUCGAGAAACUCGUUUCGAUGCGUGCUGUUUGCUUAACAGCGGAUGGCUAA